AUGGUUGCGCUCGACAAUUUACCGGAAUCCAUCAUUUCGAAGAUAUUAUCUCUGGCUUGCAAGGAUGGUGGCGCCUCGGGCUGCUCGCUAUCGCGCACGUCGAGAUAUAUCGCUUCUCUAGCGCUGCCGUACCUAUACCAGUCAGUCGCUCUGUCCGGCGUCGAUCAGAUCACGCGCUUCCUGGAGUCUCCUCGUGUUGCAAGCAGUAAGAAUCUGCCCAUCCGUCAUCUUUUCGUCUGCGAUCGUCAGCGGAGUAUGGCUGGGGACAGGUGCCAAUAUCCGCUUGGCCCCCGCCAUCCGGUCUUACCUGCACACAAGAGGAUCUUGGAAAGGCGAUACGACGUCGUGCGAGAGCGACAUGAGGCUGACGCUUCCGAAUUUGCAAAGAAGCUAGUUGCAGUGAUCCUGAAGUUGAGCGCGAAGGGCACGAAUCGUUCGCUGCAGACACUCAGCUUGAUAUUCUUCAAUCCUGCUACGGAUGACGUAGUCUGGAGUGCAACGCUUAAUGUACCGACGCCGCGUCUUCCGGAGUUGCGACGAAUCCACUUUGCAACUGCGCGAUCUCUGAUGCACAUUGAGAAGGCCUGGGAAGAGAACGGUACGCAGCCCGAAUACACAGUGACAGACGAGGUGCUGUUCCUUGCAGCGUUGUGCAAGAUGCCUCGGGUGUCGCACCUCCGAAUUUCCGAAAUCAAGUUGGGUGCCGCGGGCGCUGGAGCGUAUCUGGCUCGCAUGCUGGGCUUGGACUUCCCCCCUGGUAGGGACGCACAAGUCCCAUUGGACUACAUGAUCGAUGCUGUACCACAGCUGAAGUUUCGCGACCCGGCCCGAAUGAGUAUCGCUGUAGAAACAUGGAGCGGAAACUCAAGGAUACAGCAGCGGAAAUAUAGAUUUCCUCCCUUGACGGAGCGGAAAAUCACGGUUGAGGAGCGUGACUUCUUCAGGGAUGCCAUUCUUACAGCGAGUCACUCUACCCCGCAGGAUGAGUCCGGCGCACCGCACAAAGUGCAGACGAAGCCCCGGAUCUAUGACUUGGGGAAGCAUGCUGAACACAAGUACGACGAAUGGUGGAGGGAGUGGUUGAAGAGGCAGCAGACCAACGCUGACGACGAGCGUGCAGCAAUAUUACUGUCCUGAGCACGCAAACGAGGAACCCCUCUUCCGUCAUCUCUAUGUAUCCAAUUAUUCCUUACCGAGUAAAUCUUGUCUGUCAAUGGCUACCACUUCUACCACAGUAAAUCCUUUGUUCAACCUCGUUCCCUUGCCGUAGUGUUU